GAGAAGUGGUGAACGUUGGAGAUGCCCUGUGUGAAAUUGAAACAGAUAAAGCAGUGGUUACCAUGGAAUCAAGUGAUGAUGGCAUAUUAGCUAAAAUAAUGAAGGAAGAGGGGAGUAAAAAUGUGCGCUUGGGUGUACUAAUUGGUUUGCUAGUAGAAGAAGGACAAGACUGGAAGCAAGCUGAUAUACCAAGUGAUGCACCUUCCGAGUCUGUGACAUCAUCAGCAUCAACAGCCUCUUCCCCAACUCUUUCUGCUACCCUCCCAUUAGCGCAUAAAAGAGAAGAGCACCCUGGAAAAGUACAGUUUCGCUUAAGUCCCGCUGCCCGUAAUAUUUUGGAGAGACAUGGAGUUGAUGCAAGUCAUUGCACACCCUCAGGACCUCGAGGAAUUUUCACAAAAGAGUAUGCAAAAUGUGAACGUUUUCUUUAC